UUGCCGCCGCGCCGUUUGGAUACUGCGCAUGCGCUGGCGGACCGAGGCCCGAGUGUGCUUUGCCACCCUUGUUGCUGCAGUGUCCAGUGGAUUUGAGUCUCGCGCUUUCUUCGUUCGCUCGCCGGGGCUUUUGCGCCCCUCUGGGUCUUCGGGCAGCGAGGCUGGGGAAGGGGCUGGAGGGGGCUUUUGACCGCUGCCUUUAAGUUGUGCUCGGGGCGGCCAUGUCGGCCGGUGAGGUCGACCGCCUAGUGUCGGAGCUGAGCGGCGGGACCGGAGGGGAUGAGGAGGAAGAGUGGCUCUAUGGCGGCCCAUGGGACGUGCAUGUGCACAGUGAUUUGGCAAAGGACCUAGAUGAAAAUGAAGUUGAAAGGCCAGAAGAAGAAAAUACCAGUGCUAAUAAUCCUCCAUCUGGAGCUGAAGAUGAAACUGCUGAAAAUGGAGUACCUAAACCGAAAGUGACCGAGACUGAAGAUGAUAGUGAUAGUGACAGUGAUGAUGAUGAGGAUGAUGUUCAUGUCACUAUAGGAGAUAUUAAAACAGGAGCACCACAGUAUGGGAGUUAUGGUACAGCACCUGUAAAUCUUAACAUAAAGACGGGAGGAAGAGUUUAUGGAACCACAGGAACAAAAGUCAAAGGGGUAGACCUUGAUGCACCUGGAAGCAUUAAUGGAGUUCCACUCUUGGAGGUAGAUUUGGAUUCUUUUGAAGAUAAACCAUGGCGUAAACCUGGUGCUGAUCUUUCUGAUUAUUUUAAUUAUGGCUUUAAUGAAGAUACCUGGAAAGCUUACUGUGAAAAACAGAAGAGGAUACGAAUGGGACUUGAAGUUAUACCAGUUACCUCGACUACAAAUAAAAUUACGGCCGAAGACUGUACUAUGGAAGUUACACCAGGUGCAGAGAUCCAAGAUGGCAGAUUCAAUCUUUUUAAGGUACAGCAGGGAAGAACUGGAAAUUCAGAGAAGGAAACGGCACUUCCAUCUACAAAAGCUGAGUUUACUUCUCCUCCUUCGUUGUUCAAGACUGGGCUCCCACCAAGCAGAAACAGCACCUCUUCUCAGUCUCAGACAAGUACUGCCUCCAGAAAAGCCAACUCAAGCGUUGGGAAGUGGCAGGAUCGAUAUGGGAGGGCCGAAUCACCUGAUCUAAGGAGACUCCCUGGGGCAAUCGAUGUUAUUGGUCAGACUAUAACUAUCAGCCGAGUUGAAGGCAGGCGACGGGCAAAUGAAAAUAGCAACAUACAGGUCCUUUCGGAAAGAUCUGCUACUGAAGUAGACAACAAUUUUAGCAAACCACCUCCGUUUUUCCCUCCAGGAGCUCCUCCCACUCACCUUCCACCUCCUCCAUUUCUUCCACCUCCUCCAACAGUCAGCACUGCUCCUCCUCUGAUUCCACCACCAGGUAUUCCAAUAACUGUACCACCUCCAGGUUUUCCUCCUCCACCAGGUGCUCCACCUCCAUCUCUUAUACCAACAAUAGAAAGUGGACAUUCCUCUGGUUAUGAUAGUCGUUCUGCACGUGCUUUUCCAUAUGGCAAUGUUGCCUUUCCCCACCUUCCUGGAUCUGCUCCUUCAUGGCCUAGUCUUGUGGACACCAGCAAGCAGUGGGACUAUUAUUCAAGAAGAGAGAAGGAGCGAGACAGAGACCGGGACCGGGAGCGGGACCGAGAUCGUGAUCGGGACCGAGAAAGAGAGCGCACCAGAGAGAGGGAGCGGGAGCGAGACCACAGCCCCACACCGAGUGUUUUCAACAGUGACGAGGAACGUUACAGAUACCGGGAGUAUGCAGACAGAAGCUAUGAGCGUCACAGAGCAAGUCGAGAGAAAGAAGAACGGCAUCGAGAGAGACGGCACAGAGAGAAGGAGGAAACUAGACAUAAGUCAUCUCGAAGUAAUAGUAGACGUCGCCAUGAAAGUGAAGAAGGAGACAGUCACAGGAGACACAAGCACAAAAAAUCUAAAAGAAGCAAAGAAGGAAAAGAAGCCGGCAGCGAGCCUGCUCCUGAGCAGGAGAGCACCGAGGCUGCACCCGCAGAAUAG